AUUUUACAGGCUGUGUUUUGAAAAAUGGCAGUUGGGAGCUAAUUGGUUGGAACUUUAUCUUUCACAAGUGUAUCUCUCUUCAAGCUUAGAUAAAUACCCCCAAUGAGUGUCUGGUGAGAAAAUAUGGAAGCCCCAGAGAAGUCUUCUUUCAACAAUGGACCUGCCAGAAACACCAAGGGAAGGACACUGGAAUUCUAUCAAAAUACCUUAUCAUUUGCAUGAGAAGAUGGUGCCCGGAGAGCUGUCCGUGACAGAGGAGGAAGAAGAGCUGACGACUAGUAUGAAGGAGAUGAUCGGAGGCUGCUGCGUGUGCUCGGACGAGAGGGGCUGGGCCGAGAACCCGCUGGUGUACUGCGACGGGCACGGCUGCAAUGUGGCGGUGCAUCAAGCUUGUUACGGCAUAGUGCAAGUGCCAACAGGACCAUGGUUUUGUAGAAAGUGCGAAUCACAGGAAAGGGCGGCCAGAGUGAGAUGUGAGUUGUGUCCGCACAAGGAUGGCGCACUAAAGCGUACGGAUAAUGGAGGUUGGGCUCACGUGGUAUGUGCACUAUAUAUUCCAGAGGUCCAGUUUGCAAAUGUUUCUACAAUGGAGCCUAUUGUGUUACAGUCAGUGCCACAUGAAAGAUACAAUAAGACUUGCUAUAUUUGUGAUGAGCAAGGGCGGGAGAGCAAGGCUGCUACCGGAGCUUGUAUGACCUGCAAUAAACAUGGAUGUCGCCAAGCCUUUCAUGUAACUUGUGCACAGUUUGCCGGGCUCCUUUGUGAAGAGGAAGGGAAUGGAGCAGACAAUGUCCAGUACUGCGGUUAUUGUAAAUACCACUAUAGCAAACUGAAAAAAGGCAAACUGGAAUUUAGUAGAUCAUUUGAUCAAAGUUUAAGUGAUUCUUCCUCUCACUCUCAGGAUAAACCUCAUGAGAAGGAGAAAAAAGACAAUGAGCCACGACAGAGGAGAGAUCUGGUUAAAAAAAAGUUUGUGUGGUGCAAAAUGCCUUUAAUAAAACAUAAAGAGAAAGAAAAGCACAGACAGAAAUCCAGAAAGCAAAUGGAGCCAUUGGCGUCAUUAGUUCCCUCUCUGACUGUGACUACUGAAAAGACCUACACCUGCACUACCAACAAUAACAAUGCAGUCACAAGCUCAGUGAAGCGUUUGGAGGAAACCGCAGCGCGGUUUACAAAUGCUAAUUUCCAGGAGGUUUCUGCACAUCCCUUAAAUAUUAAAGAUACUUUGGAGGCACGGGCACCUGAGAGCAAAGCAAAGAAGCCUGUGGGUCACAUCCCCGUUCAGCGGGGACGGAAGUCUGCUAGUGGGAGAAGCACCGCAGGACCCGCCGCAGCAACCAGCCCCUUUCAGCAAGGCAGUUAUUCAGGAACACCAAGUAGUGUUAAAUCGUCUUCUGGAAGUUCUGUUCAGUCGCCGCAAGAGUUCCUAAGCUUUACAGACUCUGAAUUGCGAGUGGACAGCUAUCACCAGCCUCAGCAGCCCCCGUUAACCAAAGAUGUACUGAAAGGGGAGCCAGGACUGCAGGAUGGGACUGUAAACAGUUUUGGCUCCUUAAUGGGCCUUCCUGCAAAUCCAGUUAUGUCUUUCCAGACCAAAAACUUUGAUGGUGUUCCUGGAGAGUAUGUUAAUUCAAGCCUUACUGUAUCAGGGUACAAGCGGGUACAGGCCUCCAUGAUGGAAGACGAUGCAGUAAAAGAGAAAAAGAGGAAAGGAAAUAGGCAAAGUAAACAUGGGCCUGGUCGGCCGAAAGGGAGCAAGAACCAAGACACUGUAUCCAAUAUGUCUGCAUCCUCUGCUUCACCAACUUCAUCUGUGGCAUCUGCAGCGGGCAGUAUAGCCAGCUCUGGUCUUCAGAGGUCCCCAACAUUGCUCAGGAAUGGCAGUCUUCAGAGUCUAAGUGUUGGCUCUUCUCCUGUCGGGUCAGGCAUAUUCAGCAGCAUCGAUGUAGCAGCAACGUUUCCCAGUGCUUUAUCUGGCUCCAGUACUCCUGUGUCUAGCUCCCAUGCACCGCAGUGUGCUACUACUCAUUUCCAGCACGGAGCCUCAUCCCCACUGCCCUUCUCAUCUACUGCUCCUGCCAGCACUACCACAACUCAGGUAAACUCUCUUCCUGGAUCCUCAGUGACCGUGACAUCAUCUCAUCUGUGCGGAAGUAGGUUGAAUCCCACCUUUUCUGUUGGACCACUUCUCGGGCCAGUCGAUAACAGCCAACGAGCAGAUCAAGAUCUCGGAGACAAUGGUCGCAGUCUGGUUGUGAGGGGAGCCUCCCCUAGAGGAAGCCUGUCUCCUCGGUCCCCCCUGAACAGUUUGUCGUCUCGCUAUGAACAGUCGGGGAGUAUUAACCCAGAAAGUGUUCUGCCAGUGGCCACCAGUAUAGAGCAGCUUCUGGAGCGGCAGUGGAACGAUGGGCAGCAGUUUCUUCAAGAACAAGGGACAAAUAGUGAUGUCCUAGGCAUGCUAAAGUCACUGCACCAACUGCAAGUAGAGAACCGGCGUCUGGAGGAACAGAUCAAGAACCUAACAGCCAAAAAGGAGCGUUUGCAGCUCCUAAAUGCACAGCUGUCUGUUCCCUUCCCAACAAUAUCUUCCAACCGAAACACCUCUCCCCAAGUGCAUUCGUACCCGAUACAGAAUGCAUCUAACACAGAUUCAUUGAAUAUCAGUAAAAGUCCUCGCCUGGGAAACUUUCAGACAGAGAGCGCUCAUCCAGCUAUACAUCAGGAACUCGCCUCAAGUAGGCAGAGCACCAGCAGUAGUUCAUCACUUUCCACGCCACCCCCUGAUAGGCACAGCCCAGCACAGCACAUUCCAGGGGUGCAGAGACACAGUGGCGUCACUAUGGGAACAUUAACCAGUGGCAUACACACAGUCACGCCAGCUCUUCCUGCCAUGCCGGGAGUGGGUGCAAUAAUUGGAGGUUUGCCAGCAAACCAGCUAGCUAUUAAUGGCAUUGUUGGGGCCCUGAAUGGAGUCAUCCAGACUCCGGCAACAUUGCCUCAGACUACUGCAUUAACGCAUGGGACAAUAUUGCCUAACGUAACCCACCCAAUUUCUUCCACAUUAACAAACAGUGCCUCGGGAUUAGGCCUCCUCUCUGACCAGCAGAGGCAGCUUCUCCUUCAUCAGCAGCACCAGCAGUUCCAGCAGCUCCUGAGUUCUCAGCAGCUCACGCCUGAGCAGCACCAUGCCCUGUUCUAUCAGCUAAUACAGCAGCAGCAGCAACAGCACCAACACCCGCAGCAGCACCACCACCAGCCAGACCUUCAGCAGCUGCAGAUCCCUGCUGCCGCUCAGUUACCCCUCAACAACCUGCUAGCUGGAGCUCAGAACUCCUCGCUCCACUCCAGCACUGUCAACCCUUUCCUGGCCAUGCACGCAGACAACGCAGCACAGAAAGUUGCAAGACUUGGAGAUAAAACGGGACCAGUUAUGCAAGAUAAGAGUUGAUUUGUGAGGAGAACGGGUUCAUACGUCCGCCUGGCACUUAGCUCUCUGCAAAUAGACGUCUUCCCUUCUGUAGCAAGGAAACCAAGCAAACUAAGUUGACUUGACAAAACAUUCAUUGUUCUCUCACCAACUCUAGAUGGACAAGCAAGACAUUGCAGUAUGUUGCGGGCCCACGGGCCCAGAGAGGUGGGAAGCGACGACAGCCUUCCAAGGCUAUAGAUAUUUAUUCCUUUAAACUGUCUUGUUGCUUUGUUGCACUGAAAUGCGGCUAUAUUAAGCCUGGGAAAGGUAAAACACUGUUUUCAUUAUGGCUGAAGUAAUGAAUGGUGAUCAGUGACUUCUGGCUGCUAAGUGGCGCUUGUUUGUAUUUGGUGCAAUUUCUGUCCAACAUUAAGCUCUCACCACUGGUCACCUAAAGGUAUUGAUGAAAUAGAAUUGUUGCCCGUCAUGUGUUCCAGCAGUUGAUGUUCGUUUUUCAGACUGAAGUAAUAGAAUACAGAGGGACGAUAAGGUUGCUGGGAGCCAUAUUGUACCAUUGAAAGUGCCUGUUGAUAAAGCUCCCAGAGCAGAAACGUGAGGCAGGACUGCAGGAGGCAUUCACAUUGCACUAGUUGCUCUGUAUGCUGUGUCACUAAAUCUGGCUGUGGUUAAUGAUUAUUUAUUUCUGAACAAUGAGUUAUGCAACCGUCUGAAUCCCCAGACAUCAUCUGUGUGUUCGAUAACCAAUAUGUUUCAAUGGCACCAUGUUAUUUUUGUUUUGUAUUUUUUAUUCUGGCAAAUGUUAGACAUGUCUGUGACAAACUAAGUCUAUAUGCCGCUUGCUAUGUUGGCAUGCAUCUUUCCAACCCGCUUACUUAGAUGCAAUUACUCACAGGACUGAGUCGCUCUGUUCAGAUCUCCCCACGGAUCAGUCGGACUCGCCGUUUGCUCAUUUCUGCAGUAUUUUGAUACUCCCAAUUAGUGGGGACCUCUCCUGGUCAGCGCAUGCUGUAAUAUCACAGAGCCUGCUGGCCGAUGGGGGAACCCAGUGAUCCAGGAGACUGGCCACUGCAUGUCCUCACUGGCUGUAUCACCGCUGAACUGAACAAACUAAAGGCGCUGAGGAAAUAGGUAAGAAAUAAUGCUGGAAAUUAAGUAAUUGGAUCGGUCAUAACCACAUAAAACCACAUUGGUUCCUUCAAGACAUUAAUAAUAGAAUGCCAAUUCGAUCGCGUUUUAGAAAAGCUGAUUCUCAUUUUUCUAGUUACUUUUUCAUUCAUACGCCAAAACUGCAGUGCAAGGAGCGGUCUUCCUAAGGCAUGUAAUGUUCAGUUCAUCCCAUCCCUCUUAUUUAUGUAAUUGUAUUGACAUCAAGGAGGAGCUGUUAGCACAGAGAGAUGCCGGAGACGGAUGAGGUUGAGGAUGUAAGCAUCUCCUUAACAAGUUACUAGUGUAACACAUGGGUGUUUGUUAUGUACAAUUGAAUCAGGGGAUUGUAAUUCACGAUGAUGGAACCACUUUCAUGAGGGGGAAGCAUUGUCAGACGUAAGUAAUGUUUCCCGUAUAAAUUCUUGGCUCACGUGAUUUAUAUCAUUGAGAGACUACUGCCUGGCUUCAUAACAUUGUGUGCACAGCUACAGUGAUUACGCAGUUGGUAAAAGGACUGCUGAUCUGUAGUUAAAUGUUUGCAUUAUUAAUGGCAAUAGAGAAACAGACCCCGCUGUAAUUUGACCUCCACUGUGUCUGACUGAGAGAACCCGUUUCUCCGGUAAUGUGUCUGCGGCACAGUUCUUACCUCAUUCUGUACAUAAGCUUUUGUGAAUCUUUUUUUUUUUUUUUUGUAUUGUUUAAAAAAUAAUAAUUCAUACUAAAACAAUAAUAUUUUGAUUUGUAAUAUUUGUAAUCUGGCAAAAAAGACAAACAAAAAAAAAUAAAUAAAUGUAAAAUUAAUUUAUUUUUAUAUUUCAGGGGGAUUUUAAAACCUUGGUAAAAUCUUUUUUGUACAUGCUCUUAUGUAAAACGCCAGCAGGGUGGUUCGGUUUUGUAGGGUCACCAACUGCUGUAACCAAUUUGUCCUGUGCUAAUAAUAAGAUGUCACAAUUCCUGGUGUACUGAAACAAAUGUACUGGAGUUUUCAGAAUAAAUUUUAAUAAUGUAUCCACAGACUGGCUAUGUUACUACAUAACUGCUGGUUUCAGAGAUUAAACAGGUUGCAGCAGCUGCUCCGCUGAUGGUUUC